AUGGCCAGUACCAUCCACCGAACAAACGAGCACAUAGUCACAGAUCCACAACAUCCCGAGAAAGCAAGGGACAAAGCGACACAGAUCAUUCAAGAUCUCUGCCUCCGAGUCCAGGAACUUGAAGGUAAACUCACCGACAAAGGAAAAUACGCCAACCAACACGGAAGCCAGGCAACGUCCAGGCCACGAUCCUAUCGUGGAAGGUCGCCAACACGGCAACAUGAUAGAAGAGAUGAUCGUAGCACCUCACACAACUACCGGCACGAGAAGUCGCCAGAACGGCGACACAGCAAAAAACACCACCGCAGCGCAUCCCACGAUCUGAACCGUCAGCACGAUUCAGACGAAGACCCGAGACAUCGGCACACAAAGCGCACGAGAAACGACCAUGUCAUAAUGGGAGCCACGCCCUUCACGGAGAGAAUCUUAAGAGCGAAGCUCCCCAGAGGCUUCGACAAACCCACCGAUAUGAAGUACGACGGAAGUAAAGACCCUCAAGAGCACCUAACGGCUUUCGAGGCCAGAAUGAACUUAGAAGGAGCAUCCGACGCAGUCCGAUGCAGAGCCUUCCCGGUGACCCUUGUCGGACCGGCGAUCAAAUGGUUCAACGCCCUCCCAAACGGAUCUAUAACCAGCUUCCACGACAUCACAAGAAAAUUCAUGGCCCAAUUCACGACCCGAAUCACCAAGGCCAAACACCCCAUCAGCUUGCUAGGGGUCACACAGAAACAAGAAGAAUCUACAAGAAAAUACCUCGACCGCUUCAACGACGAAUGCCUGACGGUCGACGGGCUCACGGACUCCGUUGCCAGCCUCUGCCUAACCAACGGACUCAUGAAUGAAGACUUUCGCAAACAUCUCACCACUAAACCAGUAUGGACCAUGCACGAAAUCCAGAACGUCGCCAGAGAUUACAUCAACGACGAGGAGGUCAGCCAGGUCGUCGCUGCCAACAAGCGGCAGCACGCCGCUACCCAACACAGCAACCCGACUCCCCCACCGAUUACUGAGAUAUACCACCAAAUAGCAGAUCGAGGCGUCAUCCCCAAAGCCCGACCACUCAAGGAAAGAACAGGAGGGAACAAAGCCCUCUACUGCGACUACCACCGAGGUUACAGUCACAAAACACAAGAUUGUUUUUACCUUAAAGACGCUAUCGAACAGGCCAUACGAGACGGCAAACUCCCGGAGUUCGCCAAAUUCAUCAGAGAGCCAAGGCGCGCCAACAUCGACAAGUCACCAGAAAGAGAAGGGCGCAACCCAAGAACCCAAAAGCCGCCCCCCAGGGAAAACCCCGAAGAGGAUCCGACCAUCAUAGUGAACGUCAUCACAGGCAAGGACGUACCAAACAAGUCAAAGCUAUCAAUGAAAAAGGACCUCAAGAUAAUGGCCGUCAGGCACCACGACCCAGUCACCCUAGCCGACAGCACGAUAACUUUCUUACCGGAAGACUGCCAACACGGCACGUCGGCCGAAGACGCCCCCUUCGUCAUAUCGGCUCGAAUCGGAACAGGGCUAGUAAAGAGAAUACUGGUAGACACUGGCGCCGACUCUAACAUCCUCUUCCGAGGAGCUUUCGACAAACUCGGGCUCCGCAACGACAACCUCCAAACACACCGUCACGGCGUCACGGGCCUCGGAGACAACUUCCUCAAACCAGACGGGUCGGUCACCCUUCCCAUCACCAUAGUAACAAACAAUCAGAGAAAGACGAUCUUGUCCGAAUUCGUAGUCCUAAAAGACUCCACAGCCUAUAACGUCAUUCUCGGGAGAAAAACGAUCAACGACUUCUCCGCAGUCAUCUUCACCAAAUACCUCCUCAUGAAGUUCAGGGCCGACGACGGCACCAUCGGAACCAUUCACGGAGACCGGGAAGUCGCGGCCGAAUGCGACAACAAUAGCUUAGCCCUAAGAAAGAAAUCCCGGGACGCAGCCGGAAUAUUCCUUGUCGACCUAGACGCACGACUAGACGGCCAACCUAGACCGGAACCAGAAGGAGACAUGGAAAAACUACAGAUAGGGCCAACCAAAGAAGAAUACACUUUCAUCAACAGAAACCUCCCAUACGACCUCAAAGAAGAACUCUCCCAACUUCUAAAACAAAACAGAGACUUAUUCGCAUUUACACCAGCCGAUAUGCCGGGAAUAAGCCCCGACCUUAUGUCUCACCAUCUGGCAGUGGACCCCCUAGCCAAACCAGUGGCACAAAGAAGACGGAAAAUGUCACCAGAUCGAGCCGCCGAGGUCCAAAAACAGGUGAAAGCCCUACUCGAAGCCAACUUCAUCCGAGAACUCCCUUAUACGACAUGGCUGUCCAACGUUGUACUAGUAAGAAAAUCUAACAGGAAAUGGCGAAUGUGCGUCGACUACACAGAUCUCAACAAAGCAUGCCCAAAGGACGCCUUCCCCUUACCGAACAUCGACGGGCUAGUGGAUACGGCGUCCGGCCACCGAUACCUCAGCUUCAUGGACGCAUAUUCCGGCUACAACCAGAUCCCGAUGCACCGACCAGACGAAGAAAAAACAGCAUUCAUCACCCCGGACGGAACCUACUGCUAUAGAGUAAUGCCCUUCGGCUUAAAAAACGCAGGAGCCACCUACCAGCGACUCGUUAACAAGAUAUUUCGCAACCUAUCCGGAAACAAAAUAGAAGUCUACAUUGAUGAUAUGCUCGCCAAAACGGAAUCCGGGGAGCAACUAACCGACGACCUCAAGGUAAUAAUGGACACCCUACGAGAACACCAAAUGCGAUUCAACCCAACAAAAUGUGCCUUCGGAAUGGAAGCAGGAAAAUUCCUCGGCUUCAUGAUCACGCAACGCGGAGUUGAGGCCAACCCAGAAAAAUACCGUGCCGUCCUUGAGAUGACAAGAACCCCCUUCAAAUGGGAGACAGAAUGCGAAGAAGCCUUCCAACACUUCAAAAGGGUUCUAGCGGAGCCUCCAAUCCUCGCGAAACCCCAAACAGGGGAAACACUAUACCUGUACCUCUCCAUAACGGAAGAAACAAUCGCCGCAGCACUCGUCCGGGAAAACGAGAAAAAAGAACAAAAACCCAUAUACUUCAUAAGCAAGGUCCUACAGGAUACGGAAGCUCGUUACUCACGCCUGGAAAAGCUAGCUUUCGCACUCCUCUCGGCUUCCCGACGGCUACGACAAUACUUCCAAGCUCACCCCAUAACGGUCCGAACCGACCAAGCGGUCAAACAGGUAUUACAAAAACCCGACCUAGCAGGAAGGAUGCUAGCAUGGUCCAUCGAGUUAUCCCAAUUCCAGGUAAGGUUCGAACCCCGAAACGCCAUCAAAGCGCAGGCCUUGACCGAUUUCAUCGCCGAGAUGACCCCGAUCAAACCCACACCCGAACCAUGGAAACUGCACGUCGACGGCUCAUCAAACUCCACUCACGGAGGCGCCGGAAUUAUACUCGAGAACCAAAACGGGAUCAUAAUCGAACAAUCAAUACGAUACGACUUUCCAGUAUCCAAUAACCAAGCAGAAUACGAAGCCCUCUUGGCAGGCCUCACCCUAGCCCGGGAAGUCGACGCCAAGGUACUCGAAGUAAAUACCGACUCCCAGGUGGUCUGUUCCCAAAUAAACGGAAGCUACCAAACCCGGGAGCCCUUACUCCAACAAUACAUCAACAAGGUAAAUGAAUUGAAGGAAGGAUUCGAAAACAUUACCAUACAACACGUCCCCAGGGAACGAAACGCCAGGGCGGACCUGCUUUCCAAACUAGCCAGCACAACAUCGGGACACGGUAACAGAUCGCUAAUCCAGGAGAUCGUUAGGUCGCCUUCCGUAUCAGCAACAAUCAGCGCACACCUAACAUCCUCAAACCGGGAGUCCUGGACAUACCCAAUCCUACAGUACCUCCUUAACGGAACCCUACCAGCAGACCCAAAAGAGGAAAGGCGAAUAAAAAGAGAAGCCGCCAACUACACCAUCAUAGCAGGACAACUAUACAAACGCGGAUUCUCGCAGCCCCUACUCAAAUGUGUCGAACCCGGGAACACGGAAUACAUACUUCGCGAGAUCCACGAAGGCUGCUGCGGUCACCACAUCGGAGGAAAAACGCUAGCUCAAAAAAUCAUCAGGGCUGGCUAUUUCUGGCCCACGAUCAUUCGAGAUUCCAUACAAUUAACAAAAAGCUGCGACAAAUGCCAAAGGCACGCCAAUAUGCACCAAGCUGCCCCGCACCAACUCAGCAUUAUAUCGGCAGAACAGCCAUUCGGCAGUUGGGGAAUCGACCUCGUCGGGCCCUUCCCCACAGCACCCGGCCAACUCAGAUAUCUCAUCGUCGCCAUAGACUACUACACCAAAUGGAUUGAAGCCGAGCCCCUGGCCUCCAUAACAGCGACCCAAUGCCGAAAAUUCGUCUGGCGGCAGAUCAUUACCCGAUUUGGAAUCCCCGAAGUCAUCAUCUCGGACAACGGAACCCAGUUCACCGACAAAAAAUUCAGAGAACUCCUAGAAGGAUUGCACAUAUCCCAUCGCUUCAGCUCGGUAGAACAUCCCCAAACAAACGGGCAGGUAGAAUCCGCCAACAAAAUAAUCGUUAAAGGACUCAAGAAACGACUCGACGAAGCCAAGGGACUAUGGGCAGAAGAGUUGGGAUCAGUCCUAUGGUCGUACCGAACAACACCCCAAACGAGCACGGGAGAAACGCCCUUCCGACUAACAUACGGCGUGGAAGCAGUCAUUCCAGUGGAAAUCGGAGACUCCAGCCCCAGGAAAACGGUCGGAGGUAACGACGAAGAAGCAGAACGAGACCUCGUGGACGAAGAAAGAAACAUAGCUCACGUCAAAGAGUUAGCACUCAAACAAAGAAUCAGCCUAAGGUACAACCACGGCGUCAUCCGACGAGAAUUUGCGGACGACGACCUCGUCCUACGACGAAACGACAUCGGUCCCUCGACCCCAAGAGAAGGAAAGCUCGCCCUCAACUGGGAAGGACCAUACAGAAUCAAGGCCGUAAUUGGAAAAGGAGCAUAUAAACUCGAACGACUAGACGGCAGCGAAAUACCAAGAACUUGGAACGCAGCCAACUUGCGAAGAUACUACACUUAA